AUACAGAAGCUAGACUACAAUAUUAUAACUCAAAGAAAGACGAAACUAGUUUGCUAUGAGAAGGACACACGCGCGCUAUACACUUUUGGUUUUCAAUUGUGUCUUAAUAAUUCGUUAUUUUGUAAGUUGAUUUCGAUUGAUAUUUUCUUAAUAGGCUGGCAAUAUUCGACUAGAAAUGAUUUAACACUCGUUCGGCUGUGUUAUUGAAUAAAUACACAAAUAAAUAACAUUCAAUAAAUUUAUUAAAUUGACACUUUGUUUCUCUUCCCAAAUGAUGUAACUGUGAGUGAUAAUAGUGACAGUGUUGAUUAAUUAACUUCCACCACAUCUUUUAAAGUAUGGUCAAGAUUUGUAAAGAAAAAAAACAGUCAUUUAUUUAAAAUCAAUGAUACCACAAAAAUUUAAUUGUCACAAAAAUCAACAAAGUAACGUUGAAUUAGGAAAGAAAUAAAUUUUAUUAUCUUAAGUGUUAAAAUAUUACAAAGUGAUGAAUUCAAUAUUUGCUGUGAAUUUCCGUUGUAUGAUUUUUGUUUUAUGUAGCUAUCAUUGGAUUGAGGUAUUUUUACUUGAUUCAACAAUGAUCAUGAAAUAUUUAUAAUAUAGUCAUAUGAGUUGAUGACUCGUACAUGAAAACUAUUUUUUGUGUUUUUUUAUUCUUCAUGGUGCAUCAGUAAUUUGUAAGAUAAAGAAGUAGGGACUCAAGAAACCAUAGAAAGUGUGCAAGAAAAUUUCAUUGUCCUCAACGAAUAUUCAAGAAUUAUGGUUGGUGGCUAGUAAAUAAUUUUACAUGUAUUUCGAAUAAAAACAAUAAUUAAAUGAGGACCUAUUUGUAUCAGUGUAGAAAAACUAUUGCCGUCGAUGGCAUGCAAAAAUAUUAAAUAAACAAUUUAAAUUUCACGUUUAUUAGUUGACGGUAAUGAGGUGGUUAGACGAUGAUGCUUCUUCUUGGCCAUCAUCUCCAAGUGUUUUCAACAUCGUUCUAUUUACAGUUAGAUACACAAUUUUAUAUAAAAUUAAAGGAGGAAAAAGAAAAUUUAAAAGAUUUUUUAUUCCAAUUAGCACUAAUCAUUGUAAAAAACGUAUUGACAAUAGGAAAAAAAUUGUGCAGAGCUGGCGACGAAGAACACAAAGGUGACUCUUCGUCGAAAUGCUUGGAAUACACUUCUUGAAAGUACGAGAAUCGAAUACAAACGACGAGCAGCAGUUUAGUUAUAAUCCGCUCGUCAUCAAACACGAGAAAUUUUUGAAAAAAACUUGCACUCUAUAUUUGGAUUUUUCUACACUGAUUAUAUUGUUCUUAACUCCGUUAAUGUUAUUUUCUCAUUUUGCACUUGGACAUCAAGAAAAUCAUUUUCGUCGUAUUUGUCCUGGAUGUCCCCAUCAACACAUUCAUAAUAUUCUACGAAAAGAAAUUAGCCCGAGUCCUGAUGAUUUACGAUUAGAAGCAAUUAAGCACCAAAUUCUGACGAAACUUGGACUGAGAAACCGUCCAGAUGUAAAUAAGACUAUGACUCAAGUACCUCGACAUCUUGCUUUGGAAACACUGUAUCGAGCUGAAGCUCAUCCGAAUGAAAAUUUGGGUGAACGUAAUACCUAUUUUGAAAAAGAUCAUCGCAAAGAUGGCAUCAGUGAUUUUUUUUUCACAAGUUAUAAAUAUUCCUAUGAAAAUAGGGAAUCCGAAGAAUUAAUGACUCAAAAAAUUAUGUCAACUGAAAGUCUUGAAAAAAUUGAAAAUGACGGUCGUCAUCGAAGUACAGAAAUUGAAAUAGAUGAUUUUUAUGCAAGAACAUCGGAAAUAAUCACCUUUGCUGAACCUGGAAAAUCAUUAAACAAUCAACCCCUUUUGGAAUUUCCAAUGACAAGUAGUGAACCAACCUUAGAACCAUUGAGAAUCAAAAGAGCGACAUUAUGGGUGAAGGUUUUUAUGAAUCAUCUCCAUUAUCAUCAAAUUUAUCAGUGGCAGCGGUAUCAGAAAAACAUCACAUUAUGGGUAUUCAAAGUUCAUUGUGGAAAUUCAACUCAUUUACGUGGAAAGGAGUUAAGUGAUUACUUAGAAAUGGUAACAUCUGUAGAAGUAAAUGUGGGUCAAUUCGGCUGGCAAAAAUUCGAUGUGACCAAUGUCGUCAAUAGUUGGUAUUUAUUACACAAGAUCGCACAAGAAAAAUUGACACUACUUGUGGACUGUACGGGUUGUGGGACACAAGUACACAUAUCUACUUUUAGUGAGCAAACUCAACGUAGUGUUGAUUCAUCGAUCAAAUCAAAAGAUGCUGAGAAUUCAAAUCGACCAUUCCUUGUUGUUCUUACGGAUCCAGCAGCCGUAAAAAGAGUCCGAAGACGAGCAAUAGAAUGCAGCGGGGCAUUAAAAGGACAAUGUUGCAAACAACGAUUUUAUGUGAGUUUUUCUCAACUUGGAUGGGAUGAUUGGAUCAUUGCUCCGCAAGGGUACUACGCAAAUUAUUGCCGAGGCGAUUGUGCAGCUGGUCAUCGAACACCUGAUACCUUUCUUAACUAUUAUACACAUGUCAUAGAAGAAUAUAGAAAAAUGGAUAAAUUAGCGGGUAUGCAGCCUUGUUGUGCGCCUCUAAAAUUCUCUCCGAUGUCUUUAAUAUACUAUGGACCGGAUUCAAAUAUCAUCAAAAGAGAUUUGCCAAAAAUGAUUGUAGAUGAAUGCGGUUGUCCUUAAUAAUGGUAUACAUAAAAAUAAAUUAUAAUGAUAAAUUUAUUAAGAUCGACAUUAUCAAUCGAAUAUUAAAAGUGCAAUUGAAAUAAUUCAUAUUAGUAAAAAUUUAAAUACGUGUGUUUUUAUCCGAGAGUUUUGGAUUUCUUAGUCCUUUUUGAGUUCUAUCAGUAAAUUGUUUAGGUUAAGGUUAUUGCUGAUGUUCUGAAACUUCAAUAUUUACGAAUUUUGUAAUUGUUUGAAGAACUACAUAUUGACAGAAUUUUACAUUUGUUUGUAGAUAUAAAUAGUCUAUGAAAUCAUAAUUCAUGUAACUGUUGAUAGAAGAAUAAUCAAAUUUGUGAUAAUACGUAUAACGUGAUUUAAGGAGCAUUGUAUAAGUAUGAUCGAAAAUAUAAGUUCAGUUUGGCUGAUCGAGCAGUAAGUAAAACGAAUAUUGUAUAAUUAAAUCAAGAGGGAUUGAUUGACAUAAAAAAUAGGAAUCAUAAGUAGGUAAAGGAAACUGAGCAAAAAUUUUCAACAGAUUUGUAUUUUUGGCUUGAAAUAUUUUUCGCUUACGAACAAAAAACCAAAUGAAACAUCCUUAUUGCAUUCUAAUGAAUGAAGGGAAUCAAUUGUAGAAUUCAGAUACGAUGCCAGUAAGUAUCAACUGGUCUGACAGGAAUAUACAAUUUUAUUAAAUAGUUUACUAAAAGUUUUUGCGCUUAAUGCAUAUGUAGACAAUUGCAACAAGAAUCGUUUCUAAGUUUAAAUUGCAAUAGUUCAACUGAAAAUGAGGUCUUUGAAAAACAGAGAAAAAAAAACAAUUUUCGCACACUAACAAUAUUUCGGUAAAUGAGAAAUGCAACUUAUAGUUGUAUAUAUUUCUCAUCCAUUUAAUUUUUGAUUGAAUUGUUGAACUGUUAGCAGCAAAUCUGAUUCAUUAUAUAUAAUAAUACUUGUAACGGAGUCGAGCACUUUUUUAUUGUUAAGCAUUGAACAAUUUAGCUUCAAUUUCUAGGUAUAAACUAUAGUACGACUCUUUAUUUUUAUAUAUACGCGAAAAAUGAAAAAAAAAGACAACCAUCAUAGUCGGAAAUUGAAUGUAUAUCUCUUUCUAUGAUCAAAAUAAUAAUUGUUCAAACAUUAGUUUUCAAGCUAUAUUUAUGACAUACAUAGUAUUUGUUUUUUUGACUUGACGAAUAAUAUCUAAGAAUAAUAAAAAACUCGAUUUACCAACUUUAUUUUAUAAACGUCAAUGGAAACUUACAAUUCGAAUUAUUGUGUAUACUGAGAACAUGAGCAUUAUAUUCUUUCGUUUUUUUAAUAAUAGAGGUGAACUUUGAAAAAGAGUCUUAAUGCACGAUGUUGCAUUCUCUGAAGAUGACGUUAAAAUUGAUCGAAAACCCUGCAGACAUUAAAAAAAAUUACUUGAUCAAUUGUAAAGAAUAAUUAGAUAAUUUAAUUUCGAAAACGUAUAAAAAUACAUAAAUUGAUCUAUUUAAAUAAUUGCUUGUAAAUAGUAUAAAUAAGAUUCAUUCUUAACUUUUAAAUCUCUAUAAUUAAACGAAUGUUCAAAUGCCUUGUCAAGAAGUAUAUUAUAAGAGUAUGUGAUGAAUCUAAUAUGAAUUAUUGUCCAGAAAUGAAUGGAAGUAUGUAUAUUUAUAUCUAAACAUUCAUGUAUAUAAAUAUAAUUUAUAAGAGGGAGCAAGAAUAUUAGUAUCAGAGUAUUAAGAAAAAACCAUCGGAAUAUUAAACAUUUUAUACACAGUUCUCGAAAAAAAUCAAUAUAAAAUAAAGUAGAAAUGGAUUUCGAUAUUCUAAAAACAACAGAGAUGAGGCAUCCAAAAAAUUCUGAACAUUUUAUAAACAUUAUGCGUCGAGAAGAAAAAUAUUCUAAAACUGUAAGUCGUCUCUCAGUAUUAAAUUGCUCACUUUAUAAUUAAAUUCAAUUGCAACAUGAGAAUGUAGAAAAUUGUGAAUUGAUAAGCUGACAAUAAUUGAGUCAUGUGUAACUAGUAUAAUAACUUUUGUAUGGAAAUUAGUUUGGAUGAGGAAAUCAUGGAAAAAUUUUGAUCGUUUUGAAAUAAUAAAUUGAAGAAAUCGGCUGUUCGAUUGAGGAUCUGAAUGCUAAUUUCGUCCAUUUCUUGUUACAUCCAGAAGAGAAUUUAUUGAUAGCAAGUACUCAAAUUGUUAAACUUAUAACAUUCUUCUCCAUUGUGAUGAAAAAUUGUUCGAUUACAUUGUAACGUUGAUAAAUUUUGUGGAUGGAGUAAUCCGAUGAAGCCUUACUAGGCCUUAUUAAUGUUAUUAUCAUAUACUUAUAUUAAUAUUAAUGAUAUAUAAAAGAAACCUUUCUAUAUCCUUAAUUAAUCAUUACUUUCUCUAAACAUUAGCAUAUAUAUAUACGAACCAAAUAUUGAAAAAUCAACGGUAGCACAUAAAUAGAUUAAAUUUUUCAACUCACAUAGUAAGUAUGAGGAUUGAUUUUUUACGAUUGUAGGAUUUUUAUAUAGUCCAUAAAGAAAAACUAUUAUGAAAGUACAAUUCAAGAAGUUACAGAAAAUAGAAGUUGAUUUUUCCAUUCAUGACAUACAAAACAUUUAAUUAACGUACAUUCACAAUGUGACCACAUGCAUCUUUUUUAUCGAGAAUUCUUAAGAACUGUACUCACAUAUAUAUAAAUCUAAUCAGAGUGUCAUUUGGGGAUAUUUAUUAGAUAAAAUUUAUUAUUUGGGGGCAUUUGUAUAGUUUGAGGACAGUCUCAAAAAAAAUCAUGUAUCCAACGUAUUGUUUGAGUCACUGGUGAAUAUAUAUACAUAUAAGGUAUCAUUCGACGACAUGACAU